ACGAGCAUCUCUGCCGUCCUGCUGCACAGUGUACAGUGAUCAGCACCCUCGGAUCUGCUGGAACACACAGGGACUGAGUUCAUCAAUGUAACUCCGCUCAGUCCGAAGCUGCUGCGCCGUUUACCUGGAUAAGUCCAUCCAACGAGAGGAAGAGACAGACACAGACUCGCGUGGAGUGUCGACGUUCAGGAAAAGAGAAGAAUAUGAUUUUCAAGCAGCACUUGAUCUUCAUCCUGUACAGCCUCUGUGCGAGCGUCUUUAAAGUGGCUGGGACGAAAAGCAAAGCGAAAGGUAGCCAAGGUCAGUUCCCCAUAACUCAGAAUGUGACGGUGGUGGAGGGGGGCACAGCCAACAUGACCUGUCGUGUGGAUUUCAAUGAUAACACUUCCCUCCAGUGGUCAAACCCUGCACAACAGACUCUAUUCUUUGGGGACAAGAAAGCUCUGAGAGACCACAGAAUCGAGCUGGUGCGAGCCUCAUCGCAGGAGCUCACCAUCAGAAUCAGUGACGUCAGCCUGUCAGACGAGGGCCAGUACACCUGCUCGCUCUUCACCAUGCCUGUCAAGACCACCAAGGCCUUUCUCACUGUUCUGGGAGUGCCAGGACGACCAGAGAUCACAGGAUUUACCAAACCUGCCAUGGAGGGAGACAUCAUCACCUUGACGUGCACCACAUCAGGCAGCAAACCAGCUGCCAUCAUCAGGUGGUUCAGAAACGACAAGGAAGUCCAAGGAACUACAAAGGUAAAUGCUACUGGAAAAUCCUUCACAGUGAGGAGUAGCCUCCAGUUCCAGGUGGACAGACGAGACGAUGGCGUCGCCUACACCUGCAGCGUGGAGCAUGUGGCCCUGUCCAACCCGUACAUGACGACUGAGGUCCUGGAGGUCCACUAUGCUCCCCAUCUGGAGAUUGCACAUUCACUGAUUAUUCCACAGGAAGGGCAAUACUUCAAAUUGGAGUGUGUUUCCAUAGGCAACCCAAUACCUGAACCGGUGCUGUGGUCUAAAGACGGAGGGGAGCUGCCAGAUAUUGAACGUAUGAUAGUGGAGGGCAGCGAACUCACCAUCACCACAUUAAACAAAACAGACAAUGGCACAUACCGCUGUGAGGCCAGCAACCACCUGGGGACCAGCAGUGCAGAAUACAUACUCUUUGUAUAUGAUCCUAACGCUUUAGGACAACAUGGACCUGACCACGCUUUAAUCGGUGGCGUUGUGGCAGUUGUGGUCUUCAUCACCCUGUGUCUGAUAAUAGUUCUUGGACGAUAUCUGGCCAGACAUAAAGGAACUUACUUAACACACGAGGCCAAAGGAGCAGAGGACGCCCCCGACGCAGACACAGCCAUCAUCAAUGCUGAGGGAAACCAUGUGCAUGCAGAGGAAAAGAAAGAGUACUUCAUUUAGACUUCUGUUGCUCCUUUCCUUUUUUCAUGACUACUUUUGACAGCAGACAUGCAAAUUUCAAGCUGCCUCAGCUUCACAACAUGAUCCGUUUUGCUUUACUUACUUAUUCUUUGUUUUUUUCUGCUUCGGUAUGCUUGUUUUCAAAGCAUUCACUGACACUAUAGCCUUCUUCUUUUGUAAUUAAUGUAAACCAUGUACAAUUGGAUUGUUUCCAUUUCAGUUUCACGGUGCCUAAAUGCUGUGCAUUUCUUUCAUUUCUUGCAUUUUUUUUCUCUUUUGACUUGACCUGUUCAACUUUAUGUAGAUUUUUUAAAAAUUCAGAAGCAAACAGAAAUGUGCUUAAACUCGAGUUGGAGUCAAGUCUUAACUUUUCAAACUGUUUCAAAGCAAAACAUGUCAGUUUCAUCAAGUUAUCACACAUUAACUUUAGAAGAGUCUUUUUAGGUGUAAAAGGUGAUUUUCAAAGUUUCCACACCUACGUUAUCACAUCCCAGUCGUACAUUUACAGGGUCAAAAGCUGCAUUUCCACUAAGUAGCCUGGUUCGGUUUGGUUCAGUAAUGUAGGUAAUUGAUUGUGUUUCCACUGUCAAAAGUUGAGAAUGGGAACUAAAUUGACGACUAAUUGUGGACCUUGAUUUAUUCAGAUUAACUUGAUUAGUCUUGACAGCCCCACUAUAUAGAAAGUCAACCCACUGGAACAUGCCAAGAUGCUUCACCGUCUACAUUAUUUGGGGUAAAGCUUGUUUUUCUGCUGUAGACCCAGGCAGUCUGAGAUGAAGCUAUGGGCCAGCCUCAGUAGGACAUGCACUGUAUGGACAAACAUAUGGGGACUGUAAUGACAUUGAAUUCAUGUUUGAAUACAAAGGGCCUUCUCUAAAAUGUUGCCGCUAAGUUGGAAGCAUAGCAUUGUCCAAAAUGUUUUGGUAUGCUAAAGCAUUAGGUAUCCCUUUACUGGAGAUAAGGGGCCUAAGCCAAACCCUGAAAAACAGCAAAAUACCAUAAACCCUUCUCCACCAAACCUCACAGCUGGCACAAUGCAGUCAGACAGGUAACAUUCUCCUGCCAUCCACAAACCCAGAGUCAGCCAUCUGACUGCUAAACAGAGGAGCGUGAUUGGUCCUUCCACAAGACACGUUUUCACUGCUCCACAGUCCAGUGUUGGUGUUUUUUACACCACUCCAUCUGAUGCUUAGCAUUGGACUUGGUGAUGUGAGGCUUGCAUGCAGCUGCUCAUCCGUGGACACCCAUUCCAUGAAGC